CCGGAAGGGCCGCGCCUGCGCGCCCCGGAGAUCUGAGGGCGGCAGCGCGGGCGCGGCCAUAGGGACUACGGAACAAGUCUAUUCCUGGUUUCCGCUCGCCUUCUUUUCUCAGUCACAUCCGGAAAACCGGAAAGUGCAGGACCAGACCGACGGACAGACCCACCCACUGUGCCCCACCAGUGUAUGGCCACGAGGGCGCCAAUUCCUCAAUGGGCCCCGCCCGUUAAAGCGGCUUCUGGUGACGCCUGUCUGGACCUCUCUCCCCAAAGUGCAAAAGUCUCCUCUCACUGAUGUGAGACGUUCAGGAUUGGCUGGAAGCCAGAGCCCAGCCUCCCGAUGCAGUCUGAAUCCAGCCGGCGUGAGGAGGAGACCCCUUCCCUCCUGUGGGGUUUGGAUCCUGUGUUUCUCGCCUUUGCAAAACUCUACAUCAGGGAUAUCUUGGACUUGAAGGAGUCGUGCCAGGUGCCAGGUGUAUUCUUUUAUAAUGGGCAUCCAAUAAAACAAGUAGAUAUCUUGGGAACUGUAAUUGGAGUGAGAGAAAGAAAUACUUUCUACAGUUACGGAGUGGAUGAUAGCACUGGAGUUAUAAACUGCAUCUGCUGGAAAAAGUUGACCGAUACCGAGUCUUCCUCAGCAACUACAGCUGCUCCAAGUGCAAGAGAACUGAGCUUAACGUCCCAGCUUAAGAAGCUGCAAGAGACCAUUGAGCAGAGAACAAAGAUAGAAAUUGGGGACAUUAUCCGGGUCAGAGGUUAUGUCCGCACGUACAGAGAAGAGCGAGAAAUUCAUGCCACUGUUCAUUAUAAAGUAGAUGAUCCAGUAUGCAACAUUCAAAUUGCAAGGAUGCUUGAGCUGCCCAGUAUCUACAGGAAAGUUUAUGACCAGCCUUUCCAUAGCCCAGUCCUAGAAAAAGAAGCACUGAGCAAAAAUCCAGGUGUCCUGGACCUUACCAAUCUCACAUGUUUGCUGAGUGAAAAAGCCAACGAAUUCCUCAUGAAGAACAGAGUGCAGACCUUUUACCAGCAGGAGUUGGAAAUGGUGGAGUCUCUGCUGUCCCUUGCCAAUCAGCCUGUGAUUCAUAGCGCCUGCUCCAAGCAAGCAGAUUUUAAGAAUGACACCACAUCCAAGGCAAUUCAUAGUAUAUUUAAGAAUGCUAUAAAGCUCCUGCAGGAGAAAGGAUUCAUUUACCAGAAAGAUUGUGGUUUUGAUAACCUCUUCUAUGUAACCAAAGAAGACAAAGAACUGCACAGAAAGAUCCAUCGUAUCAUUCAAGAAGACUGCCAGAAACCAAACCACAUGGAGAAGGGCUGCCACUUCCGGCACAUCUUGGCUUGUGCUCGCCUGAGCCUGAAUCCGGGCCUGAGUGAGCCUGUGCUACAGCAGGUACUGGAGCUCCUGGAGGACCAGAGUGACAUCGUCAGCACCACGGAGCACUACUACAUAGCCUUCUGAGGACAGGCCGCAGGCAGCCUCCGCGGAGCCAGGCUGAGGAGAAAGACCAAGUGGCGUGCACUCACAGGCUCUGAUUUUAAACAUCAGACAGAGGCUUAUGGAUCAGGAGGCAAUUAUCUUAAAAUCAACUGAAAUAAGGUCAUUGGAGGAAUGGAAUUUGGCAUAAAUUCUGUAGGCUGCCUUUUACCUGCUGUUUUCUUGGGAUAAAAUUACUUUUAUCUCGGCCACGACACACAAGAAAGCCCUCUCUGUUGACCUGCUGACUGGACUGGGCAUCCUUCGUGAAGCAGAAAGGGAGAAGACAGUGUUGGUGGCUGAAUCGGUGUGUGUGGAGGGGCUCUAUCAGGGUAAAGGGGUGUCACGUGGUAAAGCCCAGGGGAUGCGGGAACUGAAGAGCAUGCAGCCAGAUCGCACAGAUCUAAAGCUUUUUAAAAGUUCAGACUAUCAGGACAUUCUUGUGGGUCUGCUUUAAUGGUUAAGAACCCAGCGCCAGGAAGUGGCUCUCCCUGGAUGUGAGUUGCUGAACUAUGAUUUCCAAGGGUUAAGCACCAGCAGUGGGUCAUGAGUCCAGAAUGAAUGCUUUUACAGACCCUCUCAGAGAUGGCAGUUAAUGGAUCCAAGGCAUGGCUCUGUGUCCCUUUUCCUUCUAAGUUGAAAGGUGUCUCAGUGCAUUUGCCUGCAUUGAGGACAUAGGGGACUAAAUACAUUGUCCCUUAAUGCCCUGAACUUCCUGGAGGCUUUCACGCAAUUAUCUGGCUGCAGUUGAUGUUGUUUUCAAGAUUAUCAUUGAAGUGCAGGACGUUCUGACACCAUCCAGACAAAAACUCAGUAUGUGCCCAGACAGGUGAUGGAGUUACGCUUCUGCUCAGGAUGACAAGGUAAAAGGGAAAAAUCUGCAGCAUGUAGUAGGCUUGUUCUAACAGCAUGAUGACAAAGCCAGCCAGCAAAAAUAAAGUGUGGAGAAAGAUA